AUGGUGAGCUUCUUCUCUUCUGUGCACCUUCUUCCUUUUCAGAGUAUCAUCACACAGGAUGCUCUUCAAAUAAUCUCCGAACACCUUUCUCCGACUUCACGGCUAAAUUUGGCGGUCAUAGAUCAGCGCUUUUUCGACAUUGCAACCAGGUAAAACGGUGUUUGAGCACUGGAAAACCGAUGUCUUCUGGCAGGUGGAACGACGUCAAGACCAUAGUAUUCGACGACGACGACGUGACUUUGGCCGGUGCUAAUUUCGUGCACAACUACAAUUGCGACGUUUUUGAAAAGAAGAACGCCGCGGGAAACGACCGGGUACUGUGAAAUUCCGACGUUGAUGCUCAUCUCUCUCUCUCUUUCUCUCUCUUUUCAGUCCUUCUACAAAACAGAGGCCAAAGAGACGGCUCUCAAGUUGUGUCCGGCUGUCAAAAAACUGAUUAUCCAGACGAAGUUGUCCGAUUUUGAUGCGAUUAUGCUGGAUAAGAUGAACUUGAAACUGACGAAACUCUACAUGAGCAUCGAGAAUCUGAGCCUGGUCAACUUCCCAAAGUUCCCGAGGCUUCGGACUCUCCACCUGGUGGCCAACAGCACAAAAGAACUCGGAGUGCUUGACGUUGUUGAGUCGAGGGCUCUGAAGGUUUCGGAAAAGCAGUCUUACAUAGCGAACUUCCGUUUUGCAGGCGAUUUUCCCUCAGACUCUGACCCGUGUCUGCCUCACCGGCAUCUUCCUGACCGAGAACCUUCUGCUUCAUCUGAUUGCUCUAGAGAAUCUCGUUGUUCUCGAUAUGAUCGGAUGUCUGGUCGACACUCGCGUCGGCGCCAAAUACGUCCCUCUUCUGGGUAAAAUGUUGCCUUUAAGCAGAAAAGACCUCAUUCCAUUUCCAGAAAAGUUUCCCUCUCUCGAAGAUCUGAGUCUCCCGCCGUCGCUCUUUUCAUUCUCGACAAAACCGAGCACGCAGACCGAGUUCACCCUUCAGAAACUGAACGUCGUCAAGUUGGGACUGUACAUGGAUCAGUUCGAUGAGGACACAUUCUACAGUCAGACACUCAAGUUCCUGCCGAGGAAGCUUGAGAUUCUCGUCGUUUUCGGCAAUUACAUGCCGCUGAAAAAAUGGAAAAUGUUGAAGACGAACAAGAAAUUUCAAGUCAAAAACGAGAUUUUGAAAGUUUCAACUCCGAAAUGUUCCGUUUCAGAUCGUGUUCGGCCCGAACAUCUCUCUGGCGUCGUGUCCUCAAGCGAACCUCUCCAAUGUGAAACUGCUCUCCCAUUUGAUCCGUUCGCCGCCCUACACCAUCCAGGAAUACAACCCGAACUUUCAUCGGAAUCACGUGAGAUUUCAUCUUCUCUUCAUCUGAACAUUCUCCCCUUUCAGGACAUUCCCCUUGGAAAUUUUUCGUGGCAGUUCAGUCUGAUCGAGUGGCAAGGGGCGGGAACUCGGAAGGAAUUGAUCUCUAUUCGGAGGAGACUGAAUGCUCUCGAAGGAGAGGAAGUGAUGCUCGAGGGGAUUCGCAUCCCGCCGCCGGUCAUCGAGAACAGAGUCCGGCAGCUGCGGGAUAAUCGACUGCCAGGAUCCCCCGAAUUCGAAGUCUUCGACCCGCUCGCUCCGAUUCUCCCGCUGGCUCGUGUUCUUCCCAGACUGCCACUCCGACGUCCCGGCCAGGAGCGCGGUGUUUUAAGAAGAGAAGGGUCCGCACGCAACCGUCGCAACCGCUCUGCCCCUCCGUCCAUUGUCCGCCCUCUCGCCAUUCCUCCGCCGCCUCCUCCACCAACUCAAUCCGAUUCGAUGCGAACCCAUCCUCCGUCGCCGCCGGCCACGCUCACCGGCGCCGUGCUCAACAACACUCUGCAGUCGAUCAGUCCGAUAAUCACCAACACGACGGCUUCUCGUCUCGGAGGAUCCACGACCAGUUCCGACGUGAUGAAUCGUGCGUUCUUGGGCACUCCGGCCUUUGAGGAAAGCCGAAGACUUUCGACGGCGUCGCAGAACUCGACGAUUGUGAACAGCGAGAUUACUGUGGCGACGACUGCGACCGCUUCUCCGGAGAGACUCUCUGCUCAGGCACCGAGGAAUUUCAGUGAGUUUCGAUUAAACAUCAUCCAAACUAUAUGCCGAACAAAAAUUUCCAGCUCCUCCACCCAACAACAAUGUGCCCACUUCUGCCAACAGCAAUGAAAGCGUCGCUUCCAAUCCCCCUGUCAAUCCAGAAGCACACGGCGCUCACAAUUUGAACUGA